GCCAUCUCCUUCCUCCUCCUUUCUUGCUCUUCUCAUCUGCCACUUGUGUGUUCUCGAUCGCGUGGUGGUUUUCAUGCACAGAAAAGACUAAUGCUUUGGAUUCUGGAGAAGGUGAAGGAGGAGGAAGAGGAGGCAGGAUGCUGCAGCGGGCGGCGAGCAAUGCGUAUUCAUGGUGGUGGGCGAGCCACAUCCGCACCAAGCAGUCCAAAUGGCUUGAUAGCCACCUCCAAGAUAUGGAACACAGGGUCAAGUGCAUGCUGUUACUCCUCGGAGAGGAAGCAGAUUCCUUCUCGAAGAGGGCGGAGAUGUACUACAAAAGGCGGCCGGAGGUGAUCACUCAGGUGGAGGAAGUGUACCGGGCGUACAGGGGCCUGGCCGACCGCUACGACAUCAUGUCCGGCGAACUGCACAAAGCAAACCAUACUAUCGCGACGGCUUUCCCUGACCAAGUGCAGUACGCGAUGCUCGAAGAGGAGGACGACAACAUCCCCAAGGCGUUCACCCCUGUGGAUCAGCGUAGAAUCCACAAGUCCACUGUUGACGGGCUGAUGAUGAAGAAGAAGAAGAAAGGAGGAGGAGGAGGAGAGCAGCUGCCGCCUUCAGGUGGCACGGCUCCCAUCGACAAGGACAACGCUCGCGAGGAGAUCAGCAGACUACAGAAAGAGAUACUUGUGAUGCAGACCGAGAAAGAAUUCAUCAAGAGCUCAUACGAGACUGGCAUCGCAAAGUACUGGGAUCUUGAGAAGAACAUCAACGAGAUGCAGGAACAGGUUUGCCAUUUCCAAGACAAGUUCGACGAAAGUGCGGUGAUUGAGGAUGACGAAGCCAGGGCCUUGAUGACAGCAACCGCGCUUAAAUCUUGCCAGGACACCAUCGUCAAGCUGCAGGAGCAGCGGAAGACAUCAGCCGGCCAGGCGAUGGGCGAGUCGGAGAGGGUCAAGCUUCUGCGAGAGAGGGUCAAGGCUAUAAUGAACGGGCAUGGCAGAACUCUGCCGGAGCCCGGCGAUAAGAACGCGAGGAAGAGUCAUGGGCUUGAGAUGGAAGAGGCGCAGCAUGUCAGAGCCGGUGAAUUCGAGACGCAGACGGUACUGGACAAGAUCAAGGAACAUUUUGAGAGGGACGGCGACAUCUCGGUGGCGGAAAUCACAGAACAGAUCGACGAGCUUGUUGACAAAGUGGUUGAUUUGGAGCUUAUGGUGUCAUCGCAGACGUCGCAGGUAGACAGGCUUUGCCGGGAGAACAGCGAGCUGGAGGAUUCCCUGAGGAGUUUGGAGGAAGAGAACGCGUCCCUUGUCAGCGGGUCGGAUGAAGUAAACGAGAGGCUGAAGAAGCUAGAAGAGGAGAUGGUGAGAGUGCAGGCUCUGGAGAGCUGCUUCCACAAGGACGAGAGCACAAUCCGGUCGAGUUUCAGGGAAGCCAUAAGCAGACUGAGUGAUAUCUCAGAGAUGUUGCAGUCACCGGCGGCCUCUGCACGCACAUUGCCAGAUGCGAAGGCGGAGGCGGAGGUGGAUCCUGGUCAAAAAUCAGCAUCAGCAGCAGCAACGCAGGAGGUGGAUCCUGGUGAAAAAUCAGCAGCAGCAGCAACGCAGGAGGUGGAGACUGAGGCGGAGGUGGAUCCUGGUAAAAAAUCAGCAUCAGCAACAGCAACGCAGGAGGUGGAUCCUGGUGAAAAAUCAGCAGCAGCAGCAGCAACGCCGGCGGUGGAGGAGAGAGGAAUUUCGCGGGAGAGAGGGUCGUUGGUACGGCUGCGUCACAUCUCCUCCGAUAACCUGGGAGGAUGUGACGACGAUGACGCGCUGCAGGCGGAGGAGGGAGGAGACGAGGCGAAGAAGAAGGUGGCUGAGUACAAGGCUCUCCUCGAGGAGCACAAGAGGAAGCUGGCGGAGUUGGAGAGGAAGAACCAGGAGUGCAUGCAGGAGAUCAAGUCGCUGCGUGAGCUGGUGAGCAGCUCGGAGGCGGCGGCAGGAGGAGGAGACGGCAGCGGCGGGCGGCGUGGGCACCGGAGGACGCCGAGCUAUUCGUUGGGGCACCACCGGAAGCAGAGCCUGUCUUCCAUCUCGAGGAUGAUCAGGAUGGGGUCGACCAUCCCUGAAGGCGACGAGAGCAGCAGCAGCGAGGUGGAGGAGGUGAAACUGGAGCUGCCCGCCGUGGCCACGUCGUCGUCGUCGUCGCCGUCGCCCCUGGAGGACAAGUUCCGCAAGGACAUCGACACGCUGCUGGAGGAGAACCUGGAGUUCUGGAUGAAGUUCAGCUCCUCCCUGCAGCGGGUGCAGGAGUUCCAGCGCAAGCACGACGAGCUGCUGCUGCAGCUGCAGCAGGCGAGCAACGGCGACAAGCAGAAGCAGGAGCAGCAGCUGAGGGCGCUCAAGACGGAGCUGCAGGUGUGGUCGGAGCAGAACGCGAUGCUGCGGGGAGAGCUGCAGUGCAGGUUCGCGUCCCUGUGCGACGUGCAGGAGGAGAUCACGGCGGCGCUGGAGGGGGAGGAGGGCCACGGGUUCACGUCGUACCAGGCGGCCAAGUUCCAGGGCGAGGUGCUCAACAUGCAGCAGGAGAACAACCGGGUGUCCGACGAGCUGCAGGCCGGCCAGGACCACGUCAAGGGCCUCCAGGCCGAGAUCGAGAAGAGGCUGCUCCACGGGGGCGUCGCACUGCCGGACGCCGACGCGGCGGCCGGGCCACCUGCAUUGACGCGCGUCGCCUCCAAGUCCAAGGUGCCGCUGCAGUCCUUCCUCUUCCCGGCCAAAACCAAGAAGCCAUCGCUGUUUGCGCGCGUCACACCUGUUGUUCUCCAGAAGCAGCAGCCCGACCUCAGGUUCCUUGCCAAGCUGCAGCCGAGGUAGCUCCACCCACCAAUGGCUUUCCCAUUUCCACAUCUUUCCUUUCCUUGUACGAACAUCUCGAUUUUGGACAUGGCUCUUAAUUUAUAGAUAGCAACUGCAACUACAAUACUUUUCUUUUCCUCCUUAAUCUCUUUCUCCGAUUCAUCACGACUUAGUACCUCCGGUUCUAAAUAUUAGCGUUUCUACAUUCUUUUUUCCAAAAUGUAUAUGGAAACAAUAUCAAAUGCUUAUAUUUUAAAACAGUGAACGUUACGGGCCGCCU